CUUAUUACUGUAUGCUCUUACUCACGCUUCUCCUUUAUCCCUUGACUCAACCUGCACCCUGCCGGUAUAAGUUUGACGUGGCUGCGCCAAGUUGCAAGCUGCAGGUGCUUGCUUUCCGUGGUUGCGCCCGCCCGUCCCCGCUAAAAGCUCCGACCACUGCUGAACCACGAACCUCGCUCUCCACCAACUUGAACGCGACUGCCGCCCGCGCGCGUCUUAUCAAUCGACAGCACCGAUUCAACCACAUUCCACGUCCUCCAGAAAUCGCCCGUCAUGCCAGAUAUCAAGCGGACGGUCAAGCUCGUCACGCGUCAGCGUCCCAUCUCGGAGCCGUCGCCCAUGGAAGGAUUCCCCAUGCGAUCGUGGAGUAUCGAGAUUUACCUUGUGGACGACAAGGGCAACGACGUGCCGGCAUCCUGCUUCGAGAAAGCUGUGUACAAUUUGCACCCGAGCUUCGAGAAGAAUAAGCAGACGUUCAAGAAGCCGCCGUUCAAGAUCGAAGAGAAGGGAUGGGGAGAGUUUGACAUGACCAUCGUUCUGACGGGUGCGCACAAGGGUGGAGACCAUACGCUGGCCCAUGACCUCAACUUCCAGUCGGAAAAGUACGAGGCGAUGCACCAGGUGGUCUUCAGGAAUCCGAAACCCGACCUCGUAGCGCUGCUCGAGCAGUCUGGAGGCGACGCAAAUGGUGUCCGCGGCAAGACCGACCCAUCGAAAAAGAAGGUUCGGCGGGACAAGGCGGUCGACAUGGAGAAGCUUGCGGAUGGGUUGCAGAAGCUCAACGAGGACGACCUCCUCCAUGUGGUCACGAUGAUUCACGACAACAAGUCCAAUGAUACAUACACUAAGAACGAUGUUGAGAAUGGCGAGUUCCACGUCGACCUCUAUACCCUCCCCGAUUCACUCGUUAAGAGUCUGUGGGACUUCACCGCCUCCAAGACCGAACUGUAGUGCAAGUCGGCAGACCUGAAUUGGCUUCCACGAGUUUGACGAGGUUCGCUUUGAGCAUCAUGACUAUGGCUCUCGGUUCGAAUAUACAUAAUAGUACACAGCCAACGGUGUUCCGGCGGGUGGUUCUAGCACUAUCACGGGCGGCAUAGCGGCGGGUGUUCGUCGCGUACACGUUGCGUGACAUCUCGCUUCUGCGCGUAUUGAGUCAGAAAGAGGGCGUAUUUGCGAGGGGAGUUUUCAUACCGGCUUUUGAUAUAUCACGUUCCAUUUGCUACUCGAGCUUUGGAGUUCCGGUAAAAGCAAGGGAGGUGAAUGGCAAGUUCGGGCGAGUCCACUUCGAGGCCACUUGUUAGGCUCAUAGGGAAUGCACUUUCAAGAUGCUACAGCUUGGUUCCUGCGUC